AUGGAUCUCGCUGACACUGAACUCAGCUGCUGCGUUGUAACUCUAUCCGAAGGCAACAAGUCUGUAAGCUGUAGCGGCGUCAUUAUCCACCCGCAAUCUGGAAUAAUCAUAUGCACUGGGAUUCCCUUUUCUCGUUUCACAGCCAACAAAACGCCUUCAAACACAAACGAGCGAGUAUUAGCGGCGCGUCGCUUUAGUAAGAAGCUCCGAAUCCAGGUCACAUCAUGCGCGCAGGCAACAGUCUCCAAACCCUCUCCUCGCCAAACCACCGCCAAUCUCCUUAUGUUAGUCAACUGUUUAGAGUUUAGACAGGCUUUCCAAUCUGUGUUCCCUUCCUCUCAGCAGUGGCGCUUCUACAGUGACGAAAGUGAAGAGGAUGUGUUGAGAGAUGCCCAGUUUCUAAGCUGGUUCGCGGUGUUGAAAGCCAAAGAUUUUCGCACGCGUCCUUUCCAAGUAGGAGAUGUCAUCCCGUGGCGGGACAGCUCUUCUCUGUGCAAGGGCUGCCCCGUAGUGGCGUGUGGAACCCCCUUUGGAUCCCUGUUUGUGGAUCUGUUCACUAGUACGCUCAGUAAAGGCAUUAUAAGCAAUCUUACAGGGCAGGAGAAUGCUGUGAUUCUGACAGAUGCGCGCUGCUUGCCUGGUACAGAAGGUGGUGGCUUGUUCACGCUCCAAAGCCCAGACAAAGUGCGUCUCAUCGGAGUGGUUGUGUCUCCUUUUGGGUGGAAGGCCAGCGAGUGGAUAGGACUUUCUUUAGUUUGUUCCGUUCAUGCGAUUUUUAAGAAUAUUUUGAAGGUUACAAAGGAGAAUCCGUUGCAGGAUGUUGGGUUGAGGGAGAAAAAGGCUUGUAUGGUGAGUACAGCCGGAGGAUGGGGCCCGGUGCAUCCAACAGUGUGUUUGGUGGACAGCGGGCAGUUCUGGGGGUCAGGGGUGCUGGUGUCUCCACUCCUGGUUCUAACCUGCCGCCAUGUUGUAAAUGGGAAGUCUACAGUGACGCUCAAGUUUUACCAAAGUAACAGCUUCCAAGACGUGCCUGGGGACGUUCUGUUCUCCACACAGGAGGCCUCUCCCUAUGACUUGGCUGUGGUGAGGCUGCGGGACAGUGUGGGGGAGGCGCGGGUUCCUCACAUGUCCUCUAGGUUUGACACAGGCGAGCCCGUACUGGUGGUGGGCUAUGGGGCUUUGGGGCGCAGCUGUGGUCCCUCUCUGACCUCCGGAGUCCUGUCCAAGUGCAUCCGCAGCAGCACGCAGCAACCUCAGCCUGUCAUGCUCCAGACAACAUGUGCAGUGCAAGCCGGCACCAGUGGGGGCGCUGUCGUACGGCCACACUCUACAGAGCUUCUCGGGAUUGUCUCCAGCAACACUAAGGACUUUGGCACCAACACCACAUACCCACACCUGAACUUCUGCAUCCCUGUGACUGUGUUCCAGUCCACGUUAGCGGAUUUCAGCCGGACUCAGGAUCUGAGAGUUUUUACAGAGCUGGACCAGGUGAACGAGGACGUGCGGAGAGUGUGGAGGCUGCAAACGACACACACAGCCAGUAAACUCUGA